AGUCGAGGAGCGAUGGCCGGGGCGUCGCUGGCUGCGGCCGUGGCGGCGGCCACCUGCGCGCGCGGCGCGCUGGGGCAGAGGCCCGGAGCGGCCACGCCCGAGGGCCGGCCGGAGCUGCUGCUGCAGAGCUGCGGGGCGCCGGGCAGCUGCGCGGAGGAGCCCGGCAGCGUGACGCUGGACGCGCAGUGGCGCUGGCUGCACGACGCGGAGAGCUGAGGGACUGCAUGGAGAAGGAGGCGUGGAACAAGGACGUGUGCAAGGACCCGGCGGCCUGCGCGGAAGCCUGCAUGCUCGAGGGCAUCGCUCCCGAGGACUACGGCGCCCUCUACGGCGUCAGGUCCGACGGGCGCGGCCUCGAGCUGGGCUUCGUCACCGCGUCGGACUUCGGCAGGACGGACGGUGGGCUCCCGCCUGUACGUGAUGGAGAACGACGACACGUACAAGCUGUUCCAGCUCGGAGAAGAAAACAAAUCGUGAGAUUGCAUUCGACGUCGACGUGUCCACGCUGCCCUGCGGCCUCAACGCUGCACUGUACAUGGUCGAGAUGGACGCCAAGGGCGGCCGCAGCCCAGCGGGCGCCAAGUUUGGGACCGGAUACUGCGACGCUCAGUGCCCCCACGGCCAGAAGUUCAUCGAUGGAGAGGCCAACCU